AUGUCGAACAGCGCGCCAACAGACGAGCUGCAUUUUGUUAUUGGCGGUGCAGGUUUCCUUGGAUCCCACAUUCUCAAGGCCCUUGUUGGCCGUGGUGAGAGUGCUGUAGCGUCCUUCGACCUGCGUGAGGUGGAAGAGCCCAUUCAAGGCGUCCGAUACUUCGAAGGUGAUCUCACGAACAGAGACUCACUUGCUUCGGCUGUAGCAAAGGCGAAGGCAAGCACAAACAACCCGAAUAGGUCCGUUGUGGUCUACCACACGGCCAGUCCUGUGGCUGGUUUGGAUGCUGGUGUAUACGAAAGGGUCAACGUAAACGGUACCUUGGUCGUGAUCGAUGUUUGCACAGAUGCGCAGUAUAAUAUCAGCAAGCUCAUCUUCACGUCGAGUGCGGGAGUAGUUUUCAGCGGACACGAUCUUAUUUACGUGGAUGAACGUCUAACCUAUCCUAAGAAGCCUCUGGAUGCCUACAAUGACACGAAGGCACGGGCUGAGGCUGCUGUCCUGAAUGCCAAUAAAGAGAAUGGUCUGCAGACGGUGGCUCUCCGACCAGCUGGUAUCUUUGGCCCUGGCGACCGCCAAGCUUUGCCUGGCUUUUUCAAGGUCUUGGAGGACAAGCGUACAAAAUGGCAGAUUGGCGACAACACAAACCUGUUUGACUGGACGUAUGUGGGCAAUGUGGCUCACGCUCAUUUGCUGGCUUCCGAUAGCCUCGGUGUGCGUUCGCAUGUGUCUCGUCCGCCGUCUGCGUACCCGGCUACGUUGCUUACGGAAGAGCACUUGCCCAUGCUUAUUGGUGAGCAUGAAAAGGCUGCAAACCGCGAGGUGCCAACCUCGAUUGACCGUAAAGAUGUGUCUCCACCGACCAAGGAUUACUGCCGGUCGGUGAAGCCGCUCAUUGAUCUCUCCACGGUGGAAGCUGUGGACAUGCGCCCUGUAUUCCGUAACCGUUUUGACCCUCUUUUCCAUCAUGCCAACCCUGAAUCCGUGUGCGGUGGUAACCCGCGUCCAUCCGUGGAGUCUUUGGCGCACUCUGAAUUGAUGGCCGCAGGCGAGGCGUUCUUCAUCACGAAUGCGCAGCCUAUUCCUUUCUGGGACUUCCCUCGCGCUUUGUGGUACCGUUACAAUGGGCAUGUGGAUGACAAGGACUCGAUUUUCGUUAUGAAGCUUUGGGUGGCCCUUCUACUUGCUUUCUUUGCAGAGCUGUUCUCCAAACUGACUCGGCGUCCUGUUCAGUUUACGCGUUACCGUGUCACGUACACAGCUUGUGCCCGUUACUACAACAUUGAAAAGGCGCGCCGUGUUAUUGGAUACGAGCCUAUCUACGGCCUUGAAGAGGGUAUCCAGCUGAGUGUGGACUGGUGGAAAUCUAUUCACCCGCCUGUCAAGGAGUACCCUGGCGAGUCGGCCAAGACCAAGUAA